CAUGCACAGCCAUCACAUUUAAAUUAUAAGAACGGUAAAUUGUAUUGUCAAUAAUUGAAACAGAGUUUGAUGAGUGACGACAACCAAUUUCAAAAGUUUUUUCUCAAAUUUUUCUAUGGACGAAAAUUUGGCCGCCCGCAUUCAUUUAACAGCGAAAAUUAUGAACGCAAACGAAAAAACGUCCUCCAGUGAAAGUAAACACGAAAGCGACCAUGAUGAUUACCGGUACAGUUCCGGUUAUCUCGAGUAUCUAAGCGCUCUUCGAUCAGAACGUUUAGAAAGAAAUCGUCGAAGUCUGACCGAUAAACCGCACAGUGAUCGGCCAUGUUAUCGGAGACAGCCCAGUGAUGUCAUGCACCAACCAUACCAAAAUCGAGCCAGAAGUUGUUUGCAAGGAAGGAGCCGCUCUCACAAAGUGAGUCGUUCAAGACUUCGUAGCGUUUUCCGACGAUCUCGUUCUAUAGAACGGUCGGACAGAAGAAGAAAAAAUCGAUCCGGAAGUCGUUCCAGAAGUUCUAACAGUAGCUGCUAUAGACAUUGCUGUCGACAUCGAAAAUCAAAGCGCCAAUUUUCUCGACGCCACUUCAAAGAUCAUUUGAACCUUCCUUCAAAUCAAUCUUAUAAACAGGCUAAUCAUCUAAGCAUACCGUACAAUAGAUCGGAGGAUCAUCGUUAUCAGCAAUAUAGAACUAGGUCAAGUAGUUCGGAUCGUUUGGGUUACAAUGACAAAUCAAUAAGUAGAUGUGGACGGCGUAGAUUUGUAAGACCAAAACACUACGAGGCUCGGAAACGACAUUGCUCUCAAACAGACUCCGACAUAUGCAACGAUGAUCCGCGGCCUUCGAAAUUGCGUGCUAUGUAUGAACAAAGGUUAAUUUCCACUUGCACCCGAAUGACGCAAACGGACGACACAAUCACUGGCAUUGCCGGCCAUUACAAGGCUUCAUCGGUUCUUCGAAAUACUGGUACGGACGAUGAACAUUCGUCGAUUGUUGCCAAUCCGGCAGAUUGCCCAUCUCAAGACGUGAGUACAUCAAUUUUACAUGGAACCUCCAUAGAUGCAGGAAACGUCGAUGGCAAUGUUGACGCCAAUCCAGUAGAUUGUCCAUCUCAAGAUGUUACCUCAUCAAUUUUACGUGGAUCCUCUAUGGAUGCAGGAUAUGUCGCUGGCAAUGUCGAGACCAACGUUCGUAGAGUUAAAAACGAUAAUCCGCAAUGGCAUUGUUACGGCACUAGAAUGGACUGUAAGAUUUGCGAGAUUUGCUACAAAGAUUGGGGAAAUUUAGUGCAACACUACGUGUAUCGACAUCCGGAUUAUGAAGUGUUUCCGUCUCGAGUUACUCCACAAGGAGCUGAUUUGCUACGAGACGAAGCGGCGGCUCAUCAGUGCGAAAAAGAAAAGACUAAACUAGGUCGUACCAAAUACAAACAGAUGUGUUACUUUUGUAACGAGACUAAGUCGAUGGAGAGGUGCGAUUGGAUCAAUCACUUGGCUAUGCACAGUGGCUACUUCAGAUACCGAUGCGAUCAUUGUUCGAUUUAUCUUAAAAAAGAAGACGAUCACGUCCUCUUGGCCAACUGCAAAAUCGUACGGGCAACACUUACUGAGUUCGAAGGUGCCAACGUAAUGGCAUAUUUAUGCGAUCGAUGUAAUUACGUCCGGUUCGACAGGACUGACAUUCACAGUCAUAUGCGAAAUGAACAUGGAGCUGAUGUCAUGGACAGCUUCAAAACCGUUACAUUCUUGAGAUUCCCGCAAGCUAAUUUCUAUCGCACACAAGCUUACCCCUCGACUGCGAAGCAAAGUCAUACCAUCAUGCCACCGGUCAAUAACAAUCAAAGCAAAUCAACGAUCAAAAACAACAAUCCCGAUUGGCAUUGGUUGAGUGCAGGCAACCGGUGCAAAAUUUGUGACACUUGGCAAGUCUCACUGACCCUCCAUUACGUCAAUGUGCAUCCAAACAGUGAAGUAAUUUCAAGUCGCAUUGCACCAGAACCAGCAGCCUUCGUACGCAACCCAAAAUAUGUGCCCGAUUGCGAAGUAGUCAACAAAUCGACUUCUCGACAUCGACUUUACAAGCAAACCUGCUUCUUCUGCAAUGAAUUGAAAACCUAUCGACGAAGUGACUGGAUUAAUCACAUGAUUAAACAUACCGGGUACUACACGAAACAGUGUGAUCGAUGUUUAAAGAAGAUUCCGAAGGAUACACGUCACCAUAAUUGUAAUGGAACUAUCAAACAGAAUCGACUGCCACAAUUCGACGAAAUGGAUCUGAUCGGAUAUGUUUGCAACAAAUGCAAUUUCGUGCGAUUCGACGAAAAGGAAAUCAGAAAGCACUUAUGGAAUGAACAUCACAGUAUGGGGGACUUCGACGACAUCGUUUUUUUAACCUUCCCAAAUUAUUUGAUGCCACGACGGUUCGAUUGCAAAACACUGGAAGAUCGAAUGGAGUUGCGAAGAAAACAUCCAAUACCGUUGACGGUAGAGGAACACAGCGUCAAAGCCGAUAAAAAUGCUAUUUAAACAAAAAGAUAUUCGACUUGGUCGUUAUUUUUGGGUUGUAAAAGCUGCGGGAAAAUGAAAAUUAAAAUUAUUUUGUAACAAAUU